GCUGAUCUCUCAUUCUCAAAGAACCUCCAACAAUAGCGAACAAUAGGUCGACCAUUUCAUGACUGAGUAAUUUAACUGUUCCCUGUAAACCAGGAAAAAGAAACCAUGCUUGAGUACACUACCACAAUACAGGCAGAAAACGAUUAUGAUAAUAAUAUUCAACUAUGAUCAGACGAAGAACCGGGGACUGCACGUAAGUAGCAGGGCUAUUUUUCAUGCUUUGACUGCCAUAUCAUUGAGGAACAUGUUAGGCCUAAGUUUCAUCAGAGCAUUGAGAAGGAAACUGUUGAUUAAGUCUGUUAAAACGUAUUUGUUAGUUUUAACAAUAAUUUUUUUCGGCAUUUACAAAUUUUCAUUCAAAACAACGUCCUCGAGGAAUGGCGAGCGACAAAUUUACUCGACACCGAUAGGUCUUAGGCAUGCGCAAAACAAAUCUAUAAUGAUCGAAUCACUGACUCAUGAAUCUGUGGACCUGAGUGAAUUGCUUGAAUUGCUGUUAAAACCGUGGGCGAAAAAUCAGUCAAAUCUUGUAGACCUUAGGAAAAAAAUGUAUGGAAAAAAAUACAAUGAUGCAAAUUUGACGGAGGUAAUAUUCGCUAGCCAAUCAAGUAUGAAACCUGGUGAGAAAUACCGAACAGUCUUCUUCUACCCACGAGGAAAAGGUCACAUCAAUAAUGGAAUGCAUGAUCUGCUUCCUAAGGUAAAUGCUCAUUUAGUGACGUUUUAUUCAACAAUGAAUACCUUGUCAUUCGACACAAUAAUUAGUGUGGCAAGAAAAGAGGUAAAAACAAACACUUUACACUUUACCUGAUGACAAGGGAAGAAUACCCACGGCACAAACUGCUGUUCAUCCCCGUGUUCAUGUUGCUGGUUUUUUUUAAUUAUCCAUUUAUUUAUGUUUCAGUGAAAUUCUAUAUUUGGAAAUUUUGCAUGAAAUCUGUCAACCACGCUGUCAUGGUCGAGGUUGUUUUACCUAUCACAAUGUAUUCCAAGCACCAUGAGGCUAUCCAAACGAGCAUUUUGUCAUAACAGAUCGCAAAUUAUUUUU